AUCACAUGGAAGCAAGGGAAGCUGUUGGGGCAGGGCGCUUACGGUUCUGUGCACAUGGGAAUGAAAGGUGAUGGGACCCUGUUGGCGGUCAAACGACUUGAUCUAUCAUCAGACAAGGGUCGGCAUGUGUUCGACACUUACAACAUGGAGAAGACGCUGCUGGAGAAGCUCAAGCACCCCAACAUCGUGCGGUACAUCGCUUCCAAAGUUGUAUCCAAGAGCCUUGCUGUGAUCUGGAUGGAGUAUGUACCGGGCGGAUCCGUUGCAAACAUCCUGCAAGCCUUCGGGGCGAUGUCAGAGGACAUUCUUCGGCACUACACACGGCAGAUCCUGCAGGGCCUGCACUACCUGCAUAGCAACGCGGUGAUUCACCGAGACAUUAAGCCAGGAAACAUUCUUGUCACGGUCUCUGGCGUCGUCAAGCUCUCUGACUUCGGUUCAUCAUUGCGCGUCACUUCGACCUUGCAGAAGGGAAGUGGAGGACUGAAGGCGGUCCAACCGGUCGGCACACCAAACUACAUCGCCCCUGAGGUCGUUCGAGCCAAGAACGAGAGAGACUACACGUACAACAUUGACAUAUGGUCCCUCGGAAUCACUGCCAUCGAGAUGAUAACAGCGGAGCUUCCUUUCCAGGAGUACACCAACCACAUGGCCCUGAUAUGGAACAUCGGCCGACUGAGUAAGGACAAGCCCAAUGCUCCGAAGCCUCCGGUUCCUCCACGGAGCAUGUCAGAGGAAGGGAGAGACUUCAUACUGAAGUGCCUUGAGCCCGACCCUGCCAUGCGACUUCACUCGGCCGAGUUGCUCAAGCACGAGUUUGUU